AUGUCCAGCAGUCCUGAGGUAACGGCUGAAAAGAAGGCCGAGAUAGAGCUAUCAAUGCAGUUUUGGAGCGUGGCUGUAAAGCGUCUUGGCUAUGCAUCGGCUCAGAACACCGUGCAGGCUGUUCAGUGUUUAUGCCUGGCGGGGAUAUGGUACAUGCAUCGUCUAGAGCCCCUCGAAGCCUGGAAGCACUUCAAUCUAGCCGGUGCAGCCUGGCAUACCCUCAGCUUAACACACAGGGAACUGGCUGGCCAUACUGAAGACCAAGGAUGCUCCAACGAGUUCACCCUCAUGCAAGCUCUGUGCUUCACCAUCUGGAAGUCCGAAUGUGAGCUAAGACUAGAACUCCCGCUGCCGACUCCACCGAUCCUCGACAACGCAUAUCUGCCCCUCGCGUUUCCCCAACCUCCAGAUUUCGGAUCACAUCCUGACGCGAGUGAUAAGGAGCGGAGUUGGUACUACUACCUUAGCGAAAUUGCCGCGCGACACGUUAUAAAUCGCCUUGUGCAGAUGAACUCGGAAGCGCCCGAGUUUCCAAACGAGAAGCACGUGCGCCGGAUGAUUUCUCAGGCUGAAUUGAUGCAGUCACAGAUAUCAGACUGGCACUCAUCACUCCCGCCAAUCUUCCACUUCGACACUCCUCAAGGGUACACGGCGGACGCUGUUGCCGACCCCAUGGUCUUUAUUCUGCGGCAUAGAUACAUAUCCCUCUGUGAGUUAGUUUCACGACCUUUCGUCAGACUCUGCGUGGACCAGUUGGCGGACGAGAUGGAUGCUUCGCUACAUGGCAUAAUCACCUCGUACGCAUCGCAAUGUGUACGGUUCUGCAUCUUAAAACUUGAUCAAGUCGCGGGGCAUCGACAUCAGGGGACUUGGUACGGUAUCCGAGUGGCGACAAGCGCCGCGCUGAUCUUGGCAGCAGUUGACAGGGUACAGCGCCAGGCAAAAGAGGAUGAGGCUUUUCGCCUUGUGCAGAGUGUGACGCUGCCUGAGACUUGGAAGGAUGCGGUUGCGCGGGGUGCAGCCGAUUUUGACGUUGAACAUGUCAUCCAAAACGCAUCUGUCUCUGACAAGAUAUCUCUACUCUCCGGCCGAGACUUUUGGCACACGAAUCCUCUCCCAGCAUUCAACGUUCCAUCCGUGCGUGUCAGCGACGGACCAAAUGGCGUGCGAGGAACCAAAUUCGUCGACGGCGUACCAGCAGCAUGCUUGCCCUGCGGUACCGGUCUAGCAGCCACCUGGGACCAGGAUCUACUAUACAAGGCAGGCGUGCUGAUAGGCAACGAGUGUAUAGCGAAAGGCGCCCACUCCUGGCUCGGUCCUACAGUGUGUAUCCAGCGCUCUCCCCUCGGUGGCCGUGGCUUCGAGUCAAUGGCAGAGGACCCUUAUGCAACAGGCAAACUAGCUGCUGCCUACAUCAAAGGCGUGCAGUCCACGGGCGUCGUGUCGAUUAUCAAGCACUGGCUUGCGAAUGAUCAAGAGCACGAAAGAGUUGGCGUCAACGUGGUUGCCAGUGAGCGCGCGUUGAGGGAGGUUCAUAUGCUUCCUUUCCAGAUUGCGCUUAGUGAUGCGGCGCCUGGUGGUGUUAUGGCUUGCUACAAUAAAGUCAAUGGCAAACAUGUUUCGGAAAACAGGGACUUUCUUGACUCUUUGCUCCGCGAAGAGUGGCAGUGGAAGGGUCUGAUCAUGAGCGAUUGGUGCGCAGCAAACCCGCCUCCUCCCAAACUAGAGCCGAUACUGACGUUUACUUCUUGCUCCAGGUUCGGGACCUAUUCUACUACCGAAGCCAUCAAUGCAGGACUGGAUCUCGAAAUGCCAGGUCCAACGAGGCAACGCGGCCAGCUUCUCGACCUUGCCGUGUCAACCCGAAAGGUAUCCCGAUCAACCAUAGAUGCUCGAGCGCGAAACGUCCUCGAGUUCGUCCAAAGAUGCACAAAGGUUCCCGUUGCGGCGGAAGAAGGAGGACGCGACUAUCCCGAAGACAGGCAGCUCAACCGAAAGCUCGCCGGUGACAGCGUUGUCUUGUUGAAGAAUGAGAAUAACCAACUUCCCCUCAAGCGACCUUUCAAAAGCAUUGCUCUGAUCGGACCGAACAUGAAGACCACUUCGUUCUGUGGAGGCGGCUCUGCGCAUCUUCGGCCGUACUACACUGUUUCUCCCUACGAAGGGAUCGUGGCCCAACUACCGCCUGAUGUCGAGGUACGAUACGAAGUCGGCGCUUCAGCAAGUGGAUGGAAUCCUCUCAUGCAGGGCGAAAUGAUGACUACGCCGGAGGGAUCGCCGGGUAUGCGAAUGCGUUUCUACAGUCAGGGCCCCAGUGUACCCGGCCGCGAGAUCAUCGACGAGAGCCAUCUGCCUGAUUCUUCCUGGCUACUUAUGGGCUACUCGCAUCCGAAGCUAGACAAGCUCUUCUACGCAACUGUGGAAGGCGAUCUCGUCAUUCAAGAAACAGGGCUGUUUGAGUUUGGGCUCGCAGUCUAUGGCUCUGCGCGACUCUAUGUUGACGGUCAGCUCCUGAUCGAUAAUAAUCUUGUCCAGCGAGGUGGGACAUUUUUCUUCGGCAAAGGAACUGUCGAGGAAAAGGCUCAAAAGCGUCUUGUCCAGGGUCAGAAGUACCGCAUCACCGUCGAGUAUGAGAGCGCACCAUCUUCCAAGCUCGUCAAGCCAGGCGUGGUCAACUUUGGCGGCGGAGCGGGAAGAGUUGGUCUAGCGAGUGCAAUUGACCCUGAAAUCGGCAUCCAGAACGCCGUCUCAGCAGCGCUGCAGUCAGAUGUGACCAUCUUGUGUGUUGGGAUGACGAGAGAUCAAGAAUCUGAGGGCUUUGACAGGCCCCACAUGGAUCUUCCUGGAUCGCUUCCUCGACUUGCAUCAGCCGUGUUGGCAGCUGUUCCAGACGCCAUCGUGGUGACGCAGAGCGGCACUCCUUUCAACAUGCUCUGGGCUGAAAGUGCCAAGACUCAUGUACAUGCUUGGUUAGCUGGAAACGAGACUGGAAAUGGUAUUGCUGAUGUUUUGUUUGGCGCAACCUGCCCCAGUGGAAAACUCCCGCUUUCCUUUCCACGCCGCUUACAAGACACGCCCACGUUUUUGAACUUUGGUAGCGACAGGGGACGUGUUAUCUAUGGUGAGGAUAUUUAUGUCGGGUAUCGGUACUACGAAAAGGUCGAUCGAGACGUACUAUAUCCUUUUGGCCACGGUCUAUCUUAUACCACAUUUACCUACGACAAGCUGAACCUCGCAUCCUCACACGUGAGCUUCGAGAUCACCAACUCUGGUUCCGUGCCUGGAGCUGAAGUAUCUCAGCUUUACAUCGCUGCUGACGAGGCAACGUCUUCAAUACAGAGACCUAAAAAGGAGUUGAAGGGUUUCAAGAAAACAUACCUUCAGCCUGGUGAGACUCGGAGGGUAGAAAUUCCCCUGGAUAGAUUCACUACAUCAUUUUGGGAUGAGGAACUACACUGUUGGUCGAGCGAGAGAGGUGUGUAUAGAGUAUUGGUAGGAUCGAGUAGUAAGGAGGUUCUGCUUGAGGGGAAUUUGCAUGUGGAGGAAACCACUAGAUGGAGUGGACUUUGA